AUGUCAUCCUUAUACAACAUUAUUGUGAGUCGAAAAAACUGGGAUGGACAACAACUAACUCAGCAUCUUUUUGCUUAUAAAGAAUUGCUGACCAUUAGCAGUAAAUUGGAUAUGAAUCAAAUCAAUGAAAUUAUGGAUGUGAUCAGCGUACAUCUCAAAAAGGAAAGUGAGUUACCUUUACUAGAAAUGUUGCAAGUAAGUGCUGGAAUUCUAUGUAUUCUUGAAGAAAAGGCAGGAGCAGCACUUGAUGGGAAAAAGUUGAUGCAAAGGAAUUGGCCUGUUAAUUUUCGUAUUGUCAUCAGACGUCUGCUUCAAACACCAGCAAUUGUUUUUGUUUCUCUAGUUUGUGAAUCGAACUCAUCAGAAAAAUCGUUAUUCGGUCAAUACUUGCCGGUGUUGUUUGAGCUAUCAGAUGAAUUGAUUUCAAUAAUUGGAAGCUCAUGGUUUGAAAGUGACCCCGAAUUCUUAUUGCUGUUAUCAUCUAUGUCUUCUAUAUAUUUACAAGAUGUGUUUCAGAUGAAGACAUCUGUUGGGCAAUCAUUCGUUCAUGGACGUCUUAACUGUCAAUUUUUACGUUUUGGUGAAGACACCAACAUUUUGCCAGACGAUAAAGAGAAUUCUAUUUCUAGAGCAGUUUUAUUAAGCAAAAUUUUACGACAAUCCGCAAUUUACGCCUGUGAAUUCUGCCAGAGUUGUGAUGAAAGUUCUGACGUUUCAAAAAAAAUUAUAAUUUCGAUAUUCCAGUUUCUGUGCAUGUACAUUGAUUUUGGAGGAUUAAUUGUAUUACCUCCAGAAUCCAUUAAAAAUCUUGGAAAAGCACUUCUUUAUCAUUCAGUUGAUUGUUCCGAAAUUUCAUUGGUUCCAUUAGAAUGUUUUGCCAAAAUAAUCUGCCACUUGCCAAAUUUACCGGACAUAACACUCGACACAAUUAUGAGAACACUGAAUAGACAUUAUACCAGAAGAAAUAAAGAAGAUGUUGUUCAUGUAAGUAAUUUUACGAUGCUUUUCGUCUUAUGA